AGUUCUCACUACAACUAAUUAAAGCCAAAAAAAAAUAAAAUGGAAGAAAAAGGAAUUUUAAGCAUCAAUAUGAAGAGGUUCCUUUUGAUUAUAAAUUCUUUGUUAUUGUCCGUUGGUACUUGUGGUGGUCCUCUAAUGAUGCGUUUAUAUUUUGUCGAAGGUGGUUUAAGAAUUUGGUUUAAUAGUUGGUUACAAACCGGUGGAUGGCCACUUACCCUUAUACCUCUAGCCAUCCUAUACUUUUAUCGACGAAAAACCGAGGGCCCUGACACCAAAUUUUACUUUAUAACGCCUCGGAUUUUUUUUGCAUCAUUCGGUAUUGGCGUUUUCACGGGACUUGACGCUUACCUCUAUUCGUGGGGUGGGUCAAAACUCCCCGUGUCAACUUCUUCACUUAUUAUCGCUGCUCAACUUGCGUUCACGGCGAUAGGCGCUUACUUCAUAGUGAAGCUAAAAUUCACGUCAUAUUCGAUUAAUGCGGUGGUUUUGUUGACAUUUGCCGCGGUUUUAUUGGGUAUUCGAUCGAACGGUGAUCGACCGGAGGGUGUGACUAGUAAAGACUAUAUUAUUGGUUUUAUUUUGACAUUUUUGGCUGCGGCUUUGUAUGGACUUAUUUUGCCUUGUGUUGAGUUGAUUUAUUUGAAGGCAAAACAAUCUAUUACUGCAACGUUGGUAUUGGAGAUUCAAAUGGUCAUGUGUUUUGCUUCUACUGCUUUUUGUACCAUAGGAAUGAUUGCUAAUAAAGACUUUCAGGCAAUAUCAAGGGAGGCAAAACAAUUUAACCUAGGAGAAGCUAGUUAUUAUAUAGUUGUAAUAUGGAGUGCCAUAAUUUGGCAAUGUUUCUUUGUUGGUGCUGUUGGAGUUAUUUACCUCUCUUCUGCUUUAAUGUCUGGCGUCAUGAUCGCAGCUUUACUCCCAGUAACUGAGAUAUUAGGUGUAAUUUUCUUUAGUGAAAAAUUCUCAGGUGAAAAGGGACUUUCUCUUUUCCUUUCUCUUUGGGGUUUUGUCUCAUAUUUCUAUGGAGAGUUUAAACAAAGAAAGAAAGUUGAGAAGAUGAAAAAUCAAGAAAAUGAGAUGACGACAACAACAACAACGCAAACCCAAUCUGUUUGACGUACUAUUCAUGGUUUGUUAUCUGUUUUAUUGUAUCGUAUUGUGACAAAGUUGGUGUGAUCGCCCUUGAUUACUUGGUAUUAUUUAAUAAGUAAACAUUUUUAUCCUUGUACCCUACUUUGAAAAAAAAAUAUAUCCUGCUAAAACAAUACUUUUAUCUUUGUCA